CUUCACUAAUUUCAUUCCGAACCGAAACCAUGGGAGGUUUUGCCGCGGAAGUAAGUAGCCGUUUUCGAUUAUUUAGCUUCAUAGGGAACAUUUCUUAUGUUGAUGGGCGGCAGAGGAAUCGAACUUGCCAUUGACGACAUGCUUGAAAAAGCCGGGAAAACGACAACUUUGGGAUGUCAGCAUGAUAGCAGUUUACAAUUCUUCUUCUUUCCAACUUCUCCCUUUUGGCUCCACUCCGUUUCCUUCAUCCCUAUCUGAAAUACAAUUUUAUUAUUCCUUCUCCGGCCAUCUCCGUUUCUAAAGCUCGGCCAUGGCAGCAAUGAUCGGCUCUGGCCAAACCAUCAAGACCGGGCUCCAACCGACGCUCAGCCAUCAACGUGGCCACUGUCGCUUUUACCAGACUCCGAUCAGUACAUUGACAACUGAAAAUUGGCGUCGUCGUCGGUCGAUCACUGUUGCAAGUUGCAGCCUUCAUCACAAUUCUGAAAAUUCGCUGAAGUCUCACUGUGAAAAGCUGGUUCAUGAGUUCGACCCAGAAGUUCCGAUUGAGAAAGCCCUGACGCCACCCAGCUCGUGGUACACUGACGCUUCCUUCUAUGAUUUUGAGCUCGAUCGUGUCUUCUACAGAGGGUGGCAAGCCGUUGGCUAUACUGAGCAGAUAAAAGAGCCUCGUGACUUCUUCACUGGGAGGUUGGGGACGGUAGAAUUCGUGGUGUGUCGAGAUGAGAAGGGAAAGGUUCAAGCUUUCCACAAUGUCUGCCGUCAUCAUGCCUCCAUUCUUGCUUCAGGAAGUGGGCAGAAAACUUGCUUCGUGUGCCCUUACCAUGGAUGGACAUAUGGGUUAGAUGGAGCACUUCGUAAAGCAACAAGGAUAACGGGGAUUCAAAAUUUCAACGUAAAUGAGUUCGGGCUCAUCGCAAUAGAUGUGGCAGUAUGGGGCCCUUUUGUUCUUCUCAAUCUAGAGAGGAAGAUGUCACCUGAUUAUGAUGUUGGUGACAAUGAUCUAGUUGAGAAUGAAUGGCUUGGCAGCACCUCAGAACUACUGAAGUGCGGUGGAGUUGACACUUCUCUAAGUUACCUCUUUAGGCGAGAGUAUACGAUCGAUUGCAACUGGAAGGUGUUUUGUGAUAACUACUUAGAUGGAGGUUACCAUGUGCCAUAUGCACAUAAAGGCCUUGCAUCUGGUCUGGAGCUCGAUUCGUAUUCCACCACGACCUAUGAAAAGGUUAGCAUCCAAAGUUGUGCAGGUGGGUCAACAGAAAGAGUGGGAUCAAAAGCUUUGUAUGCUUUUAUAUACCCAAAUUUCAUGAUUAAUAGGUAUGGACCUUGGAUGGACACUAAUCUGGUAGUCCCAUUAGGGCCGAGGAAAUGCCAAGUGAUAUUUGACUACUUCAUUGAACCUCAUCUCAAGGAUGACAAAUCUUUCAUUGAGCAAAGCCUGAUUGAUAGCGAAAAAGUGCAGAUGGAAGACAUCAUCCUAUGUGACGGUGUACAAAGAGGCCUGGAAUCACCAGCGUACUGCAGUGGCAGAUAUGCUCCAACUGUAGAGAAUGCCAUGUACCAUUUCCACCAAUUGCUUCACAGUAAUCUUUGCAUGUGACGUGAAAGCCAUGAAUCGAUUUCUUCAAGUAUUGAUUUAACAUGUUUGUUGUACAUGAUUAAUUGUCUGCAAGUUGUAUCUCCUGUUAUGCAUCUAAGGAUGUUUAAGACUUUGGUUUCAGAGUUUUCUGUCUCUUGUUCCUUAAAGUGAUUACAGGAAAUUGAAUUAGAUAUGGAUUCUGAAUUUCCAAUGAAUAAAUUAAAAAGUACACUUUUACAGCAGCAUAACAAGAGCUUUUGAUCACCAAUAAUCCCCACAAGAACAUUUCCCAUCUCUGAAAUGAUGAAACCGCUUGUUGUCUCUAACAAUGAGCUCCCUCCCAACUAUCCUGGACAUUAUUUUGAUAGCAUUGUGACAGUCCCCGCAGAUACGAAGAUUCUUCAUGAUUCUCAAUGUCUGCCUUGCUGGAGUGCUGAUCAAACCGUAAGCAAUCGCCAACCUCUCACUGUGAUACAUCAGUGCCCUCUCCUUUGCCUCCUCGUCAAUAUCAUGAAGCACGUAUCUCGUAUCAGGCACAUAUCCAGCCUCCUUCAUCUGCCCAUUCAAGCCUUUCACUUUCCCCUGUCCAUCCUCCUUGUAAGGAUCAGAAGAACGAUAUUCAGCCAGCCUGUUUUUCUCCUCUACCAUGUUUAUGGCAGAGUGAUUCUUUCUCUGUGGCAGUAGAGCAACUCCUCUGCUCUCCUUCGCUCUUGAUGGAUCAAUAUCGAGCACCAACUCCUCGAAGUGAUCUUCCAGCUCUAAAUCGCCAUGAACUCUAGCAUAACUCUUGAUGGUCUCCCAGAUUUCCACCAUGGAUUGUCCGGUUGGCAUUCUUUCGAUAAACUCAACUGCCUCAUUCAAAUAACCAGCCCCGCCGAAAAUGUGGAUGACUUCAAGAUACUGCUUGAUACCGGGAACCAUACCGUACUCAGUCCUCAUGGACUCAAGGUGCAACAAACCUUGGUUGACAUCCAUGGCACUUGCACAUACUGCGAAGACAGCACUGAAGCUAUCCUCGUUGAGCUGCAAUCCGGAGGCCUUCAUUUCCUCAACUAACGCAAGCCCUUCGGCGCCCUGGCCGUUAGCAGCAUACGCAUUGAUCAGCAAAUGCCAAGAACCCAUGUCCUUUCUAUCGCGCAUUCUAUCGAACACCACGCGUGCAUCCCUGACACUGCCACACUCCCCAUACAACUGGAUCAGCUUAUUGCCCAGGUCAGUGUCACCAGAGAACGGCGAUCGCCUCAGCAAAGCGUGCACCUUUUUACACAAAUCAAGCGACUUCAAGCUCUGACAUGCGUCCAAUAGAGCGACGAACACUUCGUAACCAGCGGGAACACCUUGACCAACGUAGUCUAUUGCUUCCUCAACUUCACCGUCCUUGCACAGGCUCACCAAAUCAACAUCUUUGGGGACAAUUGGGGCGAUUGGGCUUGGUGGGUCGAUGGCCUUUUCUUCACUUUUGAGGAAUUUAGGCUCGUCUGAAGAUGGGUUCCGUGGCUUUUGCCGGCGAUAGACCCUGGAAGAAGGAGAAGAAGAAGAAGGAGCGCUGCGCGGCUUGGGUGUAGCGUAGGAGCAGAGCCAUCUGAACUUGUUACGGGUAGGAAAUGGAAGUGUGGGUACAACGGCAUAGAAAGGGAAUGGAGAAGGUUUGCAAUGGUGGUGGAAAGUUAUCGCGGUUCCUGGAUGCUGCAGAGGAGUGAAGGCAGCCAUUGAUACGACUCCGACCCACAGAGAAAGUAUCUUCUCUUUUUUCUGCUGCUACUGGCCUCGAAGAUUUACGGCAAAAUUGGACACUGGCGUGGGUGCAAAGGGCGAAACGACGUCGUGCGCUCUCGUAAACUUGGCCCAAAGCGUUAGCUAUCUAACUAAUUUGUUUCCCAAAU